AUGAAGGCUUCAGAAGCCAAACACGAGUCCAAGUGCGCCGGGAUAAUGGAGAGCGACGCGGGUUACCGGGGGAAGCAGCAUUACCUCCGGACCAUCACCGGUGCCGUUCCGUUCGUCUCUUCGGUCGCAGCCGUGGCUUUCUGCAUCCUGCUGUCUGUUCAAAGCAGUGAUAUCAGACAUAGAGUAGUGGAUUUAGAAAGUGCUACUGGUGAGCUCCUUUUCCACCCGUUUGCCAAGAUUUCCAUGGAUCAGUUUAACUCAAUGGUACAGGACAGAGUGGAUGAGCUGAUGGCAAAGCGCUCAUAUGAACAUUUUGCUCGGAUAAGGACUGUCCGUGAAGCUUCACCUGAGUGCAACUGCCCACCAGGUCCUCCAGGAAAGCGAGGAAGAAAAGGAAACAAUGGAGAACCAGGACCACCUGGUCCACCUGGUCCAAAAGGCGACAAGGGCGAUCAAGGCGACCAGGGACCGCGGAUGGUCUUCCCUAAGAUCAAUCAUGGCUUUCUUUCUGCUGAUCAGCAGCUUAUUAAACGCCGGCUCAUUAAGGGUGAUCAAGGCCAAGAAGGCCCCCCAGGACCCCCUGGACCUCCAGGUCCUCCUGGCCCCAGGGGACCCCCAGGGGACACAGGGAAGGAUGGUCCCAGGGGAGCUCCAGGGCUACCGGGUGACCCUGGAACCCCAGGAGAACUUGGUCCUGCGGGACCAGUGGGCCCUCCCGGACACAAGGGUUCUAUUGGGCAACCAGGUAUUGACGGAUUAAAGGGGGAGGUGGGUAUGCCAGGAUUAGAUGGAAUUCCUGGCGCCAAGGGUGAUCACGGAGAACCAGGCGAGAAGGGGGACAUGGGAGAAGAUGGGCCAAAGGGUGAAGUUGGCCAGAAGGGUGAUGCGGGGUCUUCUGCCGCUGGGAUUAAGGGUGAACCAGGCGAGCCAGGACGAAGUGGGCAAAAGGGAGAGCCAGGACUUCCAGGGCUGCCUGGACUUCCCGGAAUAAAGGGUGAACCUGGUUUCCUCGGACCUCAGGGUGAGCCAGGGCUACCAGGUCUGCCAGGAACCAAGGGAGAAAGAGGGGAACCAGGGCCUCCAGGAAAGGGUGAACGGGGUGAAGUAGGACCUGUUGGACAAAAGGGAGCACAGGGGGAGUCAGGAACACCAGGUCUCAAAGGAUUUAAGGGAGACACAGGAAAUAAAGGGGACAUUGGCCUCACAGGACCAAAAGGUCCAGCUGGGGAAAAAGGUGACCAGGGCACUACAGAAAUAAUUGACUACAGCGGAAACAUCCAAGAAGCACUUCAGAAGAUAACCACUAUUACAGUAACGGGUCCCCCAGGGCCACCAGGACCAGUUGGACCACAGGGUGUUACGGGUGAUCAAGGUCCUCCAGGGCUUCCAGGACUUGAUGGAGAGAGGGGUCACAAGGGCUCGAAAGGGGACAUGGGAAUGCCUGGAAUGUCUGGAGAAAAGGGAGCAGUAGGAUUGCCUGGCCUACCAGGUUUCAAUGGUCAGAAAGGAGAAAAGGGUGACACUGGACUGGCUGGACCUCAAGGACCAUCUAUUAUUGGCCCUCCUGGUGCACCUGGGCCACAUGGUUCCCCUGGACCAAUGGGUCCACAUGGAUUCCCUGGACCAAAGGGGGACGCAGGUUUGCCUGGUUUAAAGGGAGCACGAGGGGAACCUGGGUAUAAGGGUGAUCGAGGACCCCUGGGUCUCCCUGGAGCAUCUGGCUUGGACGGCAAACCCGGAUUAAGGGGCACGGAUGGCCCUGUUGGUGCUUCUGGCCCAGCUGGUCCUAAAGGAGACACAGGUGAAAAAGGUGCCACAGGUGAGCCUGGACCUAGAGGACCAUAUGGAUUGCCUGGUGCCGCUGGAACACCUGGCUUGGAUGGGUUACCAGGCUUAAGGGGAGAGAAGGGCGACGUGGGGGAAAGAGGAGAAAAGGGUUUCCGGGGCUUUAAGGGUGAUAAGGGCGAGCCAGGCCAGCCUGGUCUGGAUGGGCUGGAUGCCCCAUGCCAGUUGGGACCAGAUGGACUACCAAUGCCUGGAUGCUGGCAAAAGGGAGUCACACCUUGGCUGGUGGCCUAA